UCAGAAUGAACCAGUGUAAAGUCAUGAAGGACGGCUAUCUGGAGAAGAGGAGUAAUGGAGUUCUGCAGCUGUGGAAGAAGAAGCGGUGCGUUCUGUCAGAGGACGGGCUCCGUCUGUACGACUGUAAAGGCGAGAGCGGUAAAGAGAUGCUCUUCGAGCAGAUGACCACGCUGGACUGCGUGGAGUAUAAACGGGGUCUGGUGUACUUCACCAUCGUGAUGAACGGCGGGAAGGAGAUUGACUUCAGGUGCCAGCAGGAGGGAACGGCGUGGAACGCGGAGAUCGCGCUCGCGCUGGUGCGCUUCAAAAACCGCGUCGCCGUUCAGACCGGCAGGAACAGACAUUUGUCACAUGCGGGCAGCUGCGGGGAGGGAGACGUCGAGCUUUGAGGAUUUAUCAACCUAGACACAGGAUUGGAUCCAAGAGAGAGAAACUGUGGACAAGAAAGUGAAGGCAGGAGCCCAAUGUUAAGAAAACACCUGAUGAAAAACGCAGAGAACUUUAAAACUCACAUAUAUCUUUUCUUUUGUGCUUCCACCGUUUUUCAAAGUGACACCUCUUGGCGUGCUCACAGACACAGCGGAUGGAUUUGUACAUGUGGGUGUUAGGCCAUGGAUGUUUUGUACACAGUGGAGUUUUUCCAAGCACUUUUAGUUCAGAAGUCAACAGCAACAGAGACCCAAUGGAUUGCUCUUCAC